UUAAUAUUCAUGAGCGCGCGUAUUGGCUCGCGCUCACGUCAAUCCCCGCUGCGCAACUCGUGUAGGCUGGCAGACUUCCUUCAAUAUUAUUUCUGGGGGGGAGCUAAAAGGUAAAAGUACGAAAAAAUGUUGCCGCUCCACAAGACACACCGGACGGACUGAAUGGAGGCAACGAGGUCCGCGAGCGGAGAUUAAUUAACCUGUCCACGGUGCACGCGACACACACCGGUAAGCAGCGAUAAGAGUUUGGAGGAUUAACGUCCAAAAAAGAGGAGUGAGGAGCUAAAGCUGCUUUUCUAUAAUUAAUGAAGACAAACAUGGAACAGCUGCAAUGAUCUGAACCUGCUCAGACCUUAAAUACACACAUAUAUAUAUUUAUUUUAUUUAAACUGUGAGGAUUUAUUGUUUUAUCUGCAUUAUUUAUAAUAUCCGUCCGUUGCGACAAAGUUGAAAACCCUCCAUGAAAGAAUCAUCCUCCGCAUGUUACUCCAGGUUGGUUUUAAUUGAAUGAGUGGUCGGUGUUGAAAUUGAAUUUUCUCGUCUCGUCUCGUCCUUAAAGCCAUCUCACAUUCACGGCACGUUCUCAUGCCGGUUUCCUCAAUGAAUUUGUCCAUGAAUGAUUCCUGCUGAACCUGCACCGAGCUGCUCAGAGAGAGAGAGGGAGAGAGAGAGGGAGAGAGAGAGAGAGAGAGCCAACGGCCGGGACAGGCAAGGCUCGCUCGGCGGGUGUCUUUACAUAACAUGCCAGCAUGACAUGCUUUGAAAACGUUCAUGCUGGUGAUCAGACUGAAUAACCACCCUUCUGUUGAUUUUUCACUUAUUUAUUUAUUUAUUUUGGACCCCGGCUUUUCCAUCUAAGGGGGGAGAGACCAACCAAACUGCGGCGCUGAUGCAGUGUUUUAUCUUUUUUUUUUCCCUCCCUUGUUAUAAAAGCUUUGGAUCAGAGAGAGAGAGAGAGAGAGAGACCACAGUUGGGAUGAAAAAUUCAACAGCACACACUCACACACACACAUAAACACAGACACACACACACACAGAGACAGCUUUGACACACAUCUCCUCAGACAUACAAGUGUACAGUAUGUGGAGGAUGAUUCAUAUUGAUUACACUCAGAGUGAUUCAGUUACAGCAGACGGUGAUGAUGAUGAUUUCACUGUUUAUUAUUAGUGGCCGCUCUGUCACGCCUAUAUUUUCUCACCAUGGUGGGUGUCGCCCUGCAGGUGUUGACACUACUAAUAUUUGGCUUCAGCAGCCGUUUUCUAGUUUGCAUGUUGAUCAAACAGACGGAGCUCUCUCGCUCGCUCUCUCUCUCUGCUCUCUCAUCUGCAGCUUUCCUCUGAUUCAAAAUCUUCUUCUCUGUUUCCACAGAGCGGCUUGUUGAGUUCUCCGUAAACGUCCAGCCCUCGGCCUCCCCAUGCCUCCAUCUCCUCUUGACGACAGAAUUGUGGUGGCGCUGCCAAGGCCGAUCCGACCUCAGGAACUCCAACUGCGCCUGGACACCAGCUACCUGGACUCCAUCUCCAGCAGCAGCAGCAGCAACACAGUCAUCAGCACCACCGUGGUGAAGAUCCGGGCGACGGCCAAUCUUGUGACGUAUAUGCCCUCAUCCAAGGGCUCCACGCGCUCGUUGUCGUGUGGAUGCAGCAGUGCCAGCUGUUGCUCUGUGACCACCUAUGAGAAGGACAGCCCGAGCCUCAGCCACAGCCAGGUGAGCGCCAGCAGCCCCAACCUCAGCUAUGCCGGCCCACCCACCUCUAUGGUCAGCAACCACGAGGCUUUGAGCGCCCCCAGUCUCACCCCGGGCACCCCGAAGGCGGGCGUCAGGGUCAUCCACCCCAAUGAGCUGGCCAAACGGAUGACCUGCUGCCCCAUGGGACAUCCCAUCGGACCCAUGCCGGUCAUCAUCGACUGCCGGCCCUUCAUGGAGUACAACAAGAGCCACAUCCGGGGCGCCGUGCACAUCAACUGCUCCGACAAGAUCAGCCGGCGGCGACUCCAGCAGGGCAAGAUCACCGUGCUGGACCUCAUCUCCUGCCGCGAGGGCAAGGACUCUUACAAGGGCAUCUUCUCCAAAGAGAUCGUGGUUUACGACGAGAGCACCACAGACCCACACCGCCUCACCUUCUCGCAGCCGCUGCAUGUGGUCCUGGACUCCCUGAGGAGGGAGGGCAAGGACCCCAUCGUCCUUAAAGGUAACACACACACACACGCACGCGCACGCACAGAGACACACCUGUUUUAUUUUCUGUCAAAGGAUUAAAAUAAUCCUCGAGUUUGACUGUGGAGUGAGUAAAUCGAGUGUAUCCCACUGUUGGCUUAAGACUGUUCACUGUGUGUCUGGUUCUGCUCGAGGUUUCUGCCUGUUGAUGAGGAGUUUUUACGUCAAGCUGUUUCCAAGUCUUGUCUUAUUGGUGGAUAAAUGAUAAACAAUAUUAAAGAAGAGUUUGUCUAAGCAUGCUCUUUUAGGAGAAUCUAUAAAAUGCGAGUUGUUGUUGUUGUCGUUAUAAUCUGGGAUUAAACAGAGUGAUUGAUUCAGAGUUUGAAGAAAGAGGAGAUUAGAUUUUACUGUGUGAAAAGAAGAGGAGAGAAACGACAAUAUCAUGUGAUCUAAUCUGAUUUGGAAGAUAAUGAGAUCUGAAUCUGAUGUCUCUUUAGUCAGUUCAGGCAGACGGCUGUUGACCAACAAGUCUGGUUCUGCUCGAGGUUUCUGUCUGUUGUUGAGGAGUUUUUAUGUCAAGCUGUUUCCAAGUGCUGUCUUAUUCUUAUUGGUGGAUUAAUAAUCAACAGUAUUAAAGAAGAGUUUGUCUCAGGAUGCUUCUUUUAGAGGAUCUAUAAGACAAGUUAUGAUUUGUGAUUGUAAAGAUAAAACGGAGUGAUUGAUUCAGAGUUUAAAGAAAGAGGAGAUUAGAUUUUGCCGUGUGAAAAGAAGAGGAGAGAAGGUCCAAUAUCAUCUGAUUUAAUCUGAUUUAGGAGAGAGAUUAAUGAGAUUACAGAGAUCUGAAUCUGACGUCUCUCUCAGUUUCUCAGUUUAGUCAGUUCAGGCAGACGGCUGGUGACCAACAAGUCUGGUUCUGCUCGAGGUUUCUACCUGCUAAAACAGAGUUUGUGCUCUUUGGUGUAAUGAGAUUUAAAAAACACUGAUUCAUUAAUCUGAUAGUUUGGAAACUCUGUGAUGGUGUAAACAGUUUAGUUGGGGUCAAAGGUUACCCUUUAUUGUUUUGGUCACCUGAGUGUUUCCUGUAAACAUGAUGGUUGUAAUUUAAACUCUUGAAAUGUUUCACCACACUUGAGUGUAACAGAAACACCAAAUUUAAUCCACUAAUGAGCCAGCACUUUGUUCAACUCGUGUUUAACAGGUAGAAACCCCGAGAGGAACAGACUCUUGGUGUACAGCCAUUUUCCAUCUGAGUGAAUGUAGAAAAAAGUAGGGCAGAGAAACACAGACGACGGAGGAGAAGAAGAAGAAGAAGAAACUGAGAGACAAACAGAAAAACUCCUGCAGACUCUCCAGCAGCGUCUCUGAGACAGUUUUGGGGUCUUCAGAAGGAGAAGUUGGUAAAUAAAGCAGUCCUCAGAGAUAGCAGUCCUCGGGUCACGGCCAUGUUUGCUCUCUUUGGUGUGUGUUUGUGUGUUUGUGUGUUUGUGUGUUUGAAGCCGGAGCAGCAGCGUGUCGUGGGGGGAGGGGGGAGGGCUGCAAAUGUUUCAUGAAUGCCUACGAGUCAACGUCUCGCUGUAAGAUCACAGCUCCUUCAUCUCCUCUCUGCUCUCCAUCCUCUGGUCCUCCUGGGUACUUUGAUGGAAGGGUUCUCCACUCUCUUCUCAUCCUGCAGCGGUGUGUGUGAGUGUGUGUGUGUGUGUGUCUCAGUGGGGAAACACACACACCUUCAACUCUUGUAAAAUGCAGCACAUGCCCUCUGCUGAGACAGUCCUUGUUCACACGAAGACGCGCCUGUAUGUCCCAUGUUUCCCCGUUUGCAGACUUACAUAAUCUUCUUCUUUAGAUGAUUUAAUAAAACAUGAAGGAGAGCAGCUCUGAGCACAAACCGGAGGGUCUCCGUUAACCUCAGUUUCUUUCUUUCUCGUUUUUUCAUUUUGGGGGGAAUUCAGCGUCUUCAUUUGUCAUUAAACCAGGAGGAGGAGUCUGCGACGUUACAUAAGAAUGGUAAUAGUGACAUAUUUCAAACGCGCUCGUAUGAACACUGUCAAAUAUUUACUGGCAUGUCUUACUCAUGAUUUAUGGGUUGUUGUUUCAGAGGAAACACAAAAUGUUCUGUCCCUGCCGCGCCGCAGCUCAGAGGAGUAGCAUGUUAACAUUUCAGACGUCAGAUCUGCUCUAAACAGCGUGUCAGAGGAGAUGGAAACAGCGGGCCUGUGGUACCAGAUCGACGCCGAGGCAGAAGCGGUAGUUUCGAAGCAGGAACUUGGCCUGUGGCUUACAGAAGCGAUCGACGGUUUUCCUGUGCGAGUUCAGUUUGAAGAUAACAACAGAUGGUCGCACGCCGCAGAUUUCAUCCCACAGCAACGAGGAGUCUGCGAAUCUCAGUUUACUAUCCAAAACCUUAUUUAUUUAUCUGCUGAGUUUGAGUCCAGAAGAUGGACUUUGGUUCAGUCUGAGCCCAAACAGGAACAGCUUUUCAUGGCUCAGAAACUGGACUGUUGGUAUCCAGUUUUGUCGAUAACUGAAAUAACCUCUCUAUUUUUCACUGAAGCUAAAUUUACACGAGCUGAUGAACGUAGACCAGCUUAGAUGACGCAGUUUGACCUCCAUCCUCCUGAGGAGUUUUGUUCCUCGCUCUGGAGAUCAUAUUUUAACAAGCAUACAUCUAUUUAAAGAGUAAACCAAGAACUGUGGCCUAAUCCUGUUACAUACAAUAAGGCGGGACGCUGAAAUAAAACCUUUGAGCGAUCUAGUCUGGACUUGUGGAAAAAGGUGUUUGGGUGGAGACCUGAACAGACUCAGAUUAUUCCAGUUAGCAGGAAAACAAUCAGAAAUAUUAAAGGCGUUGUGUAACAUAGUUGGAGCAGUUUGUUUCAGAAAUGACUAAACCUAUACAGAGUAUUUUCUCUCUGUGCAAAAAGACGAUGAAGCUGAAUGUGCUCGUUUAGUUGACUCAGCAGCUACAAAGUCAUUAUAAUAAUAAUAAUUAUUAUUAUUAUAUAAUAAUAAUAACAGUAUUAUAAUUGAAGGCCUGAAAUGCCAGUCAUGUGUCAUCUCUAACUGCUCUGCUGCUACCUGCUGUAGUCGUGGUUAUCAUUGGAAACAUGGAUGCAAAGAAGCACUGAUGACUGAUGGUGUUUUAAACCACAGAGAGGUUUGUCUUUUUUUUAAGAUGGUGAAUAAACGGACAUCUUUAUCUCUGAACUGGUCUCUCUCUGCUAACAUGUCUUAUCUUCAGGCUCAGUGAUCCCUCUCAGUGGAGCUGUGGUCGAUGAAUUAGGCUUAAUUUGACGGUUUUUUGAGAGUUAAGCUCCUUACACACCGGGCAGACGUGAAUAUAUAACACGAAACAUCAGCGAUGUUUACGAAAACAUCGCUGAUGUGAACGCGAUACAAGUUCUAAAAAAAAUAUUGACUUCUGAAGUAAUCACACUAAAAAAACGGUCCCGGUGUGAAAGGACCUUAAAGGUUCGUGUGUGUCGAAGUAAUCCCCUGAUGGGUCUACAGGGGGCGCUGAACGGCUCGUUCAGAUCAGAUCAGUGUGAGAUUUUCUCAGAUCUUGACGUCAGCAGACUGUGAAUCUCCUUAAAAGGGCAAAAUUGUCAUUUUAUAGACAGAUCGCCACUUUGUUUCAUUGCAACAGUGAAGGAGGCUUCUAGAAUGCUGGGCCCUGGCCUUAAAGGGACAGCGAAAUUGGGGUGAAAUUAGGGUUUUUCUUAAAACAGAAGGUUAGAGUUGAAUUGUAUCUAUUAGUGAUAAUAAAACAGGUUAAAACUACUUUAAAGUCUUUAUUUAUUCACACAAACAGAAAAAGUUUCAGUUCUUAAAAGUCCCUGAACACCGAGUUGAUUUUGUGUCUCAGAGCCUGUGAAAACUUCCCUUUCUGUUAUUUGCUGUGGUGUAAAUAUUAGACCCGCUGUAGUGAAGGCGGUGUCUUUAUCGGCAGCUUCUGUCUUUGUUUACUCCGAACAAUCAGCUGUUUUAUGGUGAAAAACGGUCCGACGGUUGACCGGAGAUCCCCACCUGUGAGCUCACAAAGGGGUAAGUCGAGGAAUGAGCUCAUGAGGCAUGAUGUCAACCGCUGCGACGUGAACAAUACAUGAACUGAUACUGUGUGUGUGUGUGUGUGUGUGUGUGUGUGUGUGUGUGUGUGUGUGUGUGUGUGUGAAGGGAAACUUUGGUGUGCUGAAGGGAAACUUUGGUAAAACCAGCAGCAGGUGUGAAACGGUUCAUUUAGGGAAGUGCAGAUGUUCGGUGAAAAGUAAAUUUACCUGAAUAUGAACGAGGGGAUUUCUUAUUUUAGUCUUUUAUCACCUCCUUAAAAUAGAUCGGACUGGAAACACAUCAUCAGUUCAUUUAAUAUUCAGGCAGAAAGAUUUAAAUGUCGACCAAAUUAAACCGUAAAGUCCUGAAAUUGUGGAUUUGUGUUUUUAUUUUUGGCUUCAGAGCUCUUUCAGGAAAGUUGCUGUCACUUCAGCUCAUGUGUAACGUUUGCAUGAGUGAAGUAUUUUUAGUACAGAGGACUCCAGAGGGAAUCAAACCCUCAACCCGUCAUGUUUUUUUAAAGGGAAUCACAUCAGUCCGAGUUACAAGUAUGAGAAGAAAGGGCUGGACGAUAAACCGAAAAUUUACCUAUACCAAAAACUACGAUAAUAACCGACGUCACUUUGCCCACAAACAUGGUGGUAAAUUUGUACUUUUUAUGAAAAAAGGCGAUAAUUAAAACCAUAAAACUUUAUUAAAAAACUAAUGAUAGUUUGAUAAUGAAUGAACGUGUGUUUGGAGGAGGAAGGGUGGGAUCAGGUCAAGUCUGGGGUGGUCUUCACUUUUUUAGAAUGAAUUAUUGUUUUUGUAAAAUUUUGACCAAUUAGAGUCAACCGUUUAACACAGCUGAGUUAUUAUGAUUAUUUACCAUUAAAAUCUAUUUUAAACACACAAAUCAAAAAAAUUAGUUUUUGGAUGUGUGUAGGUAGGCUAUGGUCUCAUGUCCCUUUAAGACGCUGUCCUACAUCAGAGACGUGACUCCACCCCAUCCAGUCAGUAACUAAGAGGGAAAGACAGGUGAGGAGAUGGAGGACGGUUCAAAAGAUGAAGUAGACGAAGUUAAUGAGGGAGGGGGUGAGCAGCUUGUGGAGUAGAUCUUGUCCAUUUAUCGUUAUCGAGGUGAACUGAUCAAUAUAUCGUGAUAUUGAUUUGAGGACAUAUCGCCCAGCCCUAUGAGGAGAGAAGAGUCUAAAACUGUAACUCUAAUGUUUUAACUCACGUCUUUGUGUUUACGUCCACAGGAGGCCUUAGCAGCUUCAGGCAGAGCCACGAGAACCUGUGUGAUCACUCGCUGCACCUUCACCACGAAGGUUUGGACCCUGGUGCUGCUGCCGGCCUGACGGGGGCGCUACCUCACUCCUUGCCCUCCACCCCGGACAUCGAGAACGCGGAGCUUACACCCAUCCUGCCCUUCCUCUAUCUGGGGAACGAGCACGACGCUCAGGACAUCAACCUGCUGCAGCGCUACAACAUCGGCUACAUCCUCAACGUGACCACGCACCUGCCGCUCUACCACUACGACACGGGCAUCUUCGUCUACAAACGCCUCCCCGCCACAGACAGCAACAAGCAGAACCUGCGCCAGUACUUUGAGGAGGCCUUCGAGUUCAUCGGUAUGAAAACUUCUCUUGAUAACUUUUACAAACAACCUUUAUAUCGAACUUUGAGUCAGUCUUUAGGAACGGGAUUCUCAGAGGUUAAAGGCAUGGUUGACGAUCUGAGAAGCAGAUUUGAUAAAAGCGUCCUACCCACCACACACAAACCUCUCCCCUCUCCCCAGUAUCUGCAGCUGCCUGGACAGCUACCGUGUUGACAUGUCAGAGACUAAUCAGAGUUAUUUAUGUAACAUGAGCCUCGAUAAAAGGAGAUAAAAAUGACCUGUUCAACUAAAACUCGGCUGUCUCAGCGUCUGUUUUCUCCACCGCUCCAAGGAUGACCCGAUGGUUAUUCACGUUAGAUUCCUCGCUUGGUCACAUGUCCUCUUUGACUCCGACCUUUCUUCUGUCUGCGUUUUCUUCCCACUUUUGGCGGUGUGGCGAGCAGAAGUGUUUUUUUUGCGUCCUCCUCUACCACAGCUCCUGUAGCUAAGCUGCUACGCUACUUUUAGCCGCUCAGAGCUCCGAGGAGGGCCGGGAGAGUGGGAGGGGACGAGUCGGAACUAUGGGAGAGGGGUGUGUCGAAUACAGCGAGGUGAUUGGAUGGAGAGGCGCAGCGGGAGAUUGACCAAUUGGAGCUGUAUGGGAUGGAUGGCUCCCAUUGGUCGAUGCAUUUGCAGCUCUGCACCUGAUAGGGUGAACCGAUUUUGUCGUUCUUUUUUCUCUUCACUUUGUCGAGAUCGCACUAUCGGCCCAUGAUCACCAUAGAAACGAGGUUCAUAAUAAUUACCAAUCUCUCCAAUCGUCAACCAUGACUUUAUUAAUGAAUGUGGAAAUAAAUUAAUUACUGAACUGAAAAAUGUAAAGUUGCUGCUCUGUGUUUCUGAUCUUUUUGUCUUUUUUUAAUCUCAGUUUAAGAAUUAUUCUUUCUGUAAAUCUGAGGAUGAGGAUUUUUCCUCCUUCGUGAAUAAGUUUGGACAGUUUUUAACGCACAGCCCGGUGUUCAUGUUCAGCUUUUUACCAAAUUACAAAGUUUUGAAACCCUGUCUGAAGGUCUACAUCUAUUCUGUCUCUGCAGAGGAAGCACAUCAGGCGGGUCUGGGUCUUCUCAUCCACUGCCAGGCAGGCGUGUCUCGAUCGGCCACGAUCGUCAUCGCCUACCUGAUGAAGCACACCUGGAUGACCAUGACAGACGCCUACAAGUUUGUCAAAACCAGGAGGCCCAUCAUCUCCCCGAACCUUAACUUCAUGGGUCAGCUGCUGGAGUUCGAGGAGGACCUCAACAACGGAAUAACGCCACGGAUCCUCACGCCAAAGCUGGUCGGAGUGGAAACGAUCGUGUAAACCCGAACCAACAUUUUGACUCACUCUCAUUGCUUUUUAACGAGCGGCUCCACCGCUCUCUACGAGUGUGUUUGAGGGAGGAUCUCCUCACGCUCGUCUUGGGCUCCCUGGAGUAGCAAAGCUCUGGGUCAGCGGUGAUAAGAAAUGCCAAAAAUCUCUACUCUUUGGACCUGGCUGCAGUCCCGGAGGAGGAGGAGCGAUUGAGAGAGGGAGAAGCGGUCGGUUGGAAGCUUUCCAUUUGUGACCGCAGAGGGAAAGAAAAUUCAGUUUGGGAAAGAUACUCUCUGUGCUUCGAGGCAAUUACUGAGAGGAGAAACUCUUCAAGCUCUUCACACUGUGGCACAGCGUUUCUGUUUGCAGACUGAGGCGGCGGCGGCGGUGGCGGCGGGGUUGGCCACAGCAGUGCCUGUCAGAAAUAAAAAAGAAAUGAAGACAUGUUUGGUGUGUAAAUGUUGUUGUUCUAUUUUUAUAAAGGGGUUUUUGGGGUCGACCAUGACGAGCCGCCGCAACCACGCGGCUUACUGUGCAAUAAUUUCAGAGUGGAAUGCAAUGAGACCUGAUCGUUAUGAUAUGUGUAUAUAUGGGUGAUGACGAUGAUGAUGAUGAUGAUGAUGAUGAUGAUGAUGAUGAUGAUGAUUACUAAACAUUUCCAGCUCUUUGCUGAGAUUCGGAGGUUCAUGUUGGAGAUCUUUCUGUUCUGCUGUCAUGUUCGGUGUGUGAGAGUGCAGCUUUGUCCGUUUCAAACACACGUUCAGUUUCUGUUUCUGCUCCUCUGUCUUUGUUUCGCCAUUCCUGCAUCAACUUCAGCAAUAUAUCGAUGUUCCCAGACGGCCAUGACAGCGGCUUCAGUAAAACAGGGCUACUGCGGGUUUUUAAAGAGGAGUUUCACUGCCUGAUUUUAUUUGUGUUUUAUUUUGUCCCCAGUUUUUCCCCCGAUGAUUGAAUCCGUCAGAGGGAGCAGAGAGGAGGUCCAGACCUCAAACUCUGGUCUCCUCCUGUGCGUCACAGUGUGGUGUGACACAGGCCGCUGGUACAGUAGAGCAGCGUGACCCCCUUGUCUAAUCUUUGCCAGCUCCUGUCGCUGACACUAAGCUACAGUUAAGUGAGCUCCUCUGCCUCGGCGAAGGCGAGCGCUGCUGCUGUCACGUGCUGUUCUAGUGCCUCUAUCAAUGCCUUAAUUCAUGCGUCACCACUGAGCCUGCGCACGCUAACAACAUCACGUGCAGUCGGAUGCAGAAGGAGGUCAGAUUUUUAACUCUCAGACUGGAGGAACCUGCUCUCUCUCUCUCUCUUUGUCGUCUGUGUGACAUCCUUAAAUUUCACUUAGAAAAGGCCGAUUCUGAUUCAUGGGCUGGAUUUCGGAGGAUUGCAUUCAGAGACGCUGAAGAGCCUCGAGGUCAGAGAGCGCUCAUUAUGUAACUCUGAUCUCGUGGUGGCACAGGAAGGACGCUCUGAACACAACCAUGAAUUGUAAAAUAAAACUGCACUAAACAGAAGAAGGAGGAAGAAAUACUCGUAUUAUACGGGCUGAUAUUACAAGACAAACAUCUUAGAGUUCGGCUGAAUUAAAACGACUUAAAGGGAAAAUGUCAAAACCAGAGUGAGUCCAAAAGCCAUAAAUCUUCACAUCCUUAAAUAUCCGUCACAGACUGAGAGAAGUUUCCUGAUCAACCCUUUAGGUUCACUGCGGAUCGUCCUGAUUUUGGCGCUCUCUCGUGUUUUAGUUUGAAGAAAAUAUUAUGUACAUUAAAACGCAACAAAGCCAACAACGAUAACUUCCAACGAUAUUCCAAGGCGAGACUCUUGAUUUACCGGUCGAUCUACGUCCCGAUCCUCACCUAUAGUCAUGAACUUUGGGUAAUGACCGAAAGAACAAGAUCGCAGAUACAAGCGGCUGAAAUGGGUUUCCUCCUCAGGGUGUCCGGGCUCAGCCUUAGAGAUAGGGUAAGGAGCUUGGACACUCGGGAGGCGCUCAGAGGAGAACCGCUGCUCCUCCACGUCGAGAGGAGUCAGCUGAGAUGGCUCAGACGCCUUCUGGACGCCUCCCGUUAGAGGUGUUCCAGACAUGUCCCACCGGGAGGACACCUGGUGGCCGGCCCAGGACCAGGUGGAGGGAUUAUAUCUCUCGCCUGGCCUGGGAGCGCCUGGGAAUCCCCCCGGAGGAGGAGCUAAUGGAAGUCGUUUAGGUGAGGGCCGUCUGGGCUUCCCUCCGGAUAAGCGGAAGAAAAUGACGAUGUAAACUAAUGAAGAAUUACAUAAAUUAAUUUAACGUAAAAUCACUCCUCCUCUACCAAAGUUCAUGUAAACUGAGUUUUGUGUUCGUUUAGGUGAAUUUCUCCUGAUCCUCUUAACUUUCCGUCUAUUUUGAAGCUUCAUUAAUGCAAAUAUAAACCCAAACACGGCCCUGAGUGACCUUUAAAAGAAGGGAAGAAUCCGCCUCUUCAUCCUGUAUCUUUGAGUUUAAAAAAAAAAGAAAACGCUGCAGUUAAUGUUCCUCUUUUCAUUGUUCAGUUCUCGAUAGUUUGCAUGCAGAUAAAAGCAUAAAAUAAAGCACAGGGCUAACAACAUUAAUGUCAACACACCAAAAAAAAAAACAGAGGUUGAAGCUGUCGGCGAGUCGAAGGCGAAUGUGACAAAACGUUCCUGAAAUCGGAGUCAAACCAACGACAUUAACGCCAAUAAGCUCUGAAAAUCCCUCAUGUGAAGAUUCACGCUAUGCAAAUAAAAAAGAGAGACGGAUCCAGGCCGAGAACCACGAGACUGUUCUGGAGGGUCUUUGUGAUCCAGUUUAAAGAUGUCGGUGUGGCGCCGCCGCCGUGUUCUCACUUGUACUUUUACUCGCUGUCGUCAUUGGUGUCUUCUGGUGCUCCACAGUAUUUAAAAAGGGUAUUUAAGGUCGACGUGUGACACUCAUUCGUAGCUUGUGCUUUUAUAUUCAGUGAUUUGCGAAAAGAAAACAGAGUGCUAACCAAACGAUGUACCUUCUUCUUCUUCUUCAUCCCAUCUGCUGGUUCUGCACACAUCGAUCGAUGGCUUUUGUAUGUAUCUUAACAAUGUAACCGUGGUACUGUACGUUACUCUCUCUCUCUCUGGUUAGAAAACGAAGCAUGCUGUGUGCUCCUGGCCUGCGAGGGACACUCUCGAUGAUCAUGAUGGUGCUGUCUGUCUUUCUGUAGAGGUCAUAGCCCGACUGACUGACGGCUAACACUCCAUAUUCGAACAAUAUCAAGCUGUCGUCAGACUUGUUUCAGAGUCUCCGGUGGGAACGGGCUUCACUCUACAAGUCUCUGUAUCUUUGUGUCUGUAGUCAAAGUCAAGUAUACGAUAUAUAAAUAUAUAUAUAAAUACAUAUAUAUCUAUUUUCUUUGUAUGCAUAUAUUCAUUACUAUUUUUGCACUGACCUAAGGACAGAUGGAUUUAUUUUUUCCACAAAGGGUGCUAUAAUAACGGAGGCCUUCUCCCACACCUUUUUUGCAUGACUUGCUUAAAAAAAGAAUAAAAGAAUAAAACUCCUAAACUGGUCUGUCAUCUCUUCUCCUACUACUCCUACUCCAACUGUUGCAAAUUGAAGCACUGUAAUUUUGUAAUCCCUACUUGUUAGCUUUGAAAUAAACAGGGAAGCUUCAAGUUUA